CCGAGGCGAGCCGGGCAGCAGCAGAGGCAGCGGCGGCGGCGGCGAUCGGUGCCCCGUUCGACCCGCUGCCGGAGCACGUCGGCGGCGCUGCGAGCCGCCAGCCGGACUCGGCGAGAGGGAGAGCGCCCGCCGCCGCGGCCGCCGCGCUGCUGCCGGGAGCCGCUCUCCGCGGAGGACUGGUGGGGCGACCCGCGAGACGGAGGCUGUCCGCCGGCCCGCCAUGGCGAUCGCAAGGCAAGUGCUUGGUCUCUCUGCUUUCCUCUGCCUGCCGCUCGCUCGCUCGGAGCCCAUGCGCUACUCCGUGGCCGAGGAGGCGGCGAGCGGCUCGCUGGUAGGCAACGUGGCGGAGGACGCGGGGCUGGCCCCGGCGCAGCUGGCGGCUCGCCGCGCCCGCCUGGCCUCGGAGGACGGCCGGCAGCACUUUGGCUUGGACCCCGCCACCGGCCGCCUCGUGGUGGCCGAGAGGCUGGACCGGGAGGAGCUGUGCGGCCAGUCCGCUGCCUGCACGCUCCCCUUCGAGCUCGUGCUGGCCAACCCGCUGCAGUUCUUUCGGGUGGAGGUGGCCGUGGAGGACAUCAAUGACCACUCGCCCGUUUUCCCGGAGGAACAAGUCACUCUUAGGAUCCCGGAAAGGAGUGACCCGGGCUCGCGUUUCCCUCUGGUUGGGGCUCGGGACCUGGAUGUUGGGAGUAACAGCAUCCAGGCUUACAGCAUUGCUCCCCAGAAUGAGUACUUUAGUGUCUCCUUUGGGAGUCGGAGUGAGGGCGACAAGUAUGUGGAACUGGUUUUGGAAAAGGCUCUAGACAGAGAGGAGCAGGCAGAGGUGGGUUUCAGUCUCAUUGCCGUGGACAGGGGCUCUCCUCCCAGGAGCGGGACCACCCAAAUCCGCAUUGUUGUUCUAGAUGUAAAUGACAAUGCUCCUAUCUUUACCCAAGAACGAUACGUUGGGCAAAUUUUGGAAAACGCACCCGAGGGCUCUGUGGUUCUCAGAGUGGUGGCAACUGAUCAGGAUGUGGGAGUUAAUGGGGAGGUCACCUACCGGUUUAGCCAAGCAGUGGGUCAGAGCAACUCGGUGUUUUUGAUCAACGCCACGAGUGGGGAAAUUAAACUCAUAAAGACUCUCGACUUUGAGGUGGCUGAGAAUUAUGAUUUCAUUGUGCAAGCCACGGAUGGUGGGGGCCUCUCAGCAAUCUGCAAGGUGUUGGUGGAGGUGGUGGAUGUGAAUGACAAUGCACCGGAGCUGAUGGUCAGUUCCUUCACCAGCCCCCUCCCCGAGAACGCAUUACCUGGGACAGUGGUUGCCCUCUUUACUGUCAGGGACCGGGAUUCUGGUGCCAAUGGGAAGGUCUCCUGUGCCCUUGGGGACCAGCUAUCAUUCUCCCUGCGGCCGGCCUACAAGAAUUACUAUGAACUGGUGACCAUGAGCACUCUGGACAGGGAGGAGACUGCGCGAUACAUCCUCAGUGUCACAGCAGCAGAUGCAGGGUCACCUCCUCUCACAACCACCCAGACCUUCACAGUGGACAUCUCUGAUGUCAAUGACAAUGCACCUGUCUUCAACCAGACAUCGUACACCAUGUAUGUGCAUGAGAACAAUGUGCCCACAGUGCUCGUUGGAGCUGUCAGAGCUGUGGAUGCUGAUGUGGGUCCCAAUGCCAAGGUGACGUAUUUCCUGGCACCAGCCCAGCCCACGGAGCAGCCUCCCUGCUCCUGCAUCUCCGUGAACUCUGAGAACGGGCACGUGUUUGUGCUGCGGCCUCUGGACUUUGAGCAGGUGAGGCAGAUUGAGGUCUUGGUGAUUGCUUCUGAUGCGGGCUCCCCUCCUCUCAGAACCAACGUCACAGUCCGCCUUGUCGUGGUAGACGAGAAUGACAAUGCACCAAUGGUGCUGUACCCAGCUCAGGACAGCACUCCUCCAUCCAGCGAGCUGGUACCUGUGUCAGCUGAGGCAGGGUACCUCAUCACCAAAGUGGUGGCUGUGGAUGCAGACUCGGGGCAGAACUCGUGGCUCUCGUACCACCUGCUGAGAGCCACCGACCCCGGGCUGUUUGUGGUGGGUGCCCAAAGUGGGGAGGUGCGGCUGAAGAGGCCAGUGACGGAGAGGGAUGCCGUGAAGCAGAAGCUCGUUGUCCUGGUGCGAGACAAUGGGCGGCCACCACUGUCAGCCACUGCUGCCCUGAGCGCACUCCUGCUCAAUGACUUCUCCGACGUGCGCCUACCACACAGCAGCGUGGCCACAGAGGAUGAGAGCGACUCCCUGACAACCUAUUUAAUCAUUUCAUUGACCUUUGUCUCACUCCUCUUCCUCGCCUCCCUCACAGCCUUCAUC